AUGAGUGAUCCCAUGCACUACCGCCCCAUUGCACCGGGCCCGUCCGUGCCUGUUGGCGGGCCUCCUGGAAGUCCCCCAAGCAAGAACCUGACGCCUGGUUGGAAAAAGAGGUGCUCGGGAGUUCCUCCGUGCGACAACUGUCGCGCUCUGCAUCGUGAAUGCAUCUUCGACGAGUCGCUCGACCAGCGUCGGCGGGUGGCCGCCAAACGGACGGCCGAGGAACUGGAGUAUCAUCGCGACAUGCUGAAUGACCUGUUCAAACUCAUCCGCUCGGCGGAGGAGGCCCGCGCGCAGAAGCUGCUGGAGAUCAUCCGCAACGACGCGACGCCCGAGGAGAUCCGGCUCUUCAUCGACGAGACCCUGGCCGACAUCCAGGCGAGGACGCCUCCGGGCGAGCUGAAGCGCGAGACGACCGUGCGGCUCAAGGAGCUACGCCGACGGGCCAACCUGCAGGGCCCGACGCCGUCUUUCCGCCGCAAGGUCAUGGACGUCAACUUUCUCUGCGACACGACGCCCAUCCGGGUGCCCGCGAAGCCGUGGACCAAAGUCACCGACGACGACGACUUUGUGUCGCAUCUGAUGUCGCUGUACUUUACCUGGGACUAUCCGUUUUACGCGUUUCUAGAUCGCGAUGUGUUUGUCAAGCAUAUGAUGGCCGGCAGGCUCGACUCGGAGUUUUGUUCCUCUUUUCUGGUGAAUGCCAUUUUGGCUAAUGCGUGUCAUUUCUCCGAGUUCUCCGAAGCAUACGCUGUUCCGGGAGAUGUGACUACGAAAGGAGCGGACUUUCUCAAGGAAGCUGAGAGGUUGUGGCAUGAUGAGCGCGACAAGGUGAAAUUGGCGACUCUGCAGGGGUCAUUGCUUCUUUACGACAGGUACUCCAUGUCCGGGAAAGAUGACCUGGGCUACGCCAUGCUCAACAAAGCCAUAGACAUCGCGACGAGUCUCGGCUACGUCGGUGAUGAUGAUACCCGAAUUGAUCUCACCGAGCAGUCUGCGGACCUCGCGACUUCGACCACCAGGACGGUCUGGGGUUUGUACCAGGUGGAUACGGUGGCCCAUACAGGGUUUCUCAAGCCUAGCCGCAUCAAGCACGUCCGUCUGAAGCGGUUACGACGGCCGCCGCUCGAAGACGACACCGCGCCGUGGAUCCCCUAUCCGAUGAACAGGCCUCCCCGGCCGGCAUACUACAGUACGUACUUUGACGAAGCCUGCACACUCAGCGAGAUGGCGAGCGAAGUCUCUCGCAAGCUGUUUGUCGACGACGAAGCGCUGGACGAGAAGGAGCAGCUCUCGCAGACGGUCGAUUCGUUGUACCGGAGCUUGAAAGAGUGGCAUGAUCGCCUGCCGAGCGAGUUUGAUCUGUCUCACAAGCCGGCAGCACAUAUUCUCCUGCUUCACAUGUUCAUCUGCCCGCGGGGCCUCCGGCAUCCUCCCAAGACGCAGACGCAGACGCAGACGCAGGAGAAGCAGAAGGAGCGGAUGAUGGACAGUUCGGAAGCGACAUCGAUCGGGGUGUCAUCGGCGCGCGCAAUCGCUCAGCUGGUGCGGAUCCACCAGCACGAGUACGGCAUGAGCCGGUCGCACAUCUUCGCGCUGUACGCAGUCAACCUAGCGCUGUUCGUGCUGCUGGAGCAUCAGCAGCAGCGCGGGGAUCGGGAGCGGGACCAGGACCGCGAGAAGGAGCCAGACACGACAUUCGACCCUUUCGACCCGGACUUUGUCGCGCUGGCGUCUGCGUUCUCGGUCAUCACGGGCCGGUCAGCGCUAGGGCAGGAGGUGCGGUCCAUCUUCAAGCAGUCGAUGCAGCAGGCCAUGACCAGGGACGGCAAGCGGGGGACUCGUCGGCUAUCCCGGUCCCAGCUACCGGAGGAGCUGAAGGAGAUACUGCGGGAUGACGAUCAGUCGGACGAUACGGAGGAGGAGGAGAGCGCGGCGUCAGAAAGACGAGAAUCGGGCGCGUCUGCUAGAGAAUCCGGCGGGUCGGCAGGAAAAUCAGAAGGAGACUCUGGUACAGACGAGGAGUCGCAGGCAGACACGACGUCGGAGCAGGAGCAAGAGCAAGAACAAGGCAGCAUGGCACUAUGCGAGAUGCUGUGUCGGUAUGAGGUGUUGAGUCUGGGGAAGGAGGAGCGCAACAGCCAGGAAGGUGAAGAGACUACUUAG